CAGAGUUGGGUUGUAAGGUGUGCGUUCGAUGCGUCGUGUCAAUAUCGUGUGAAAUUUGGUGUCUUGAUUGUUUUUGUCACUGUUAUAACUAAGUCCCACAAGGCUAAAAACGUUAGACUUAUCCAAAACCCUAUUGCUAUGCGGGGUCACGUUUCCCAUAUGUCUCGGUUUACGUGGAUGACCCCUGGAAGCGGUGCAGUGCAGCAUCCAAAUAUUCGCGGACAACACCAAGAACUACUGACCUCUCAGCGGCCCUACAGACCCAGACUGGAAAAAAUACAUGUUAUGCCGGAUAUGUCCGGCAUAAUGGCUGGAUUGCGCCGAAAAUUUCCACGCACGUCUGGCAUAACUUCACAUGCGCCGAAUUCUCUUUACACGGAGGCGUUGAUCUGGAUCAUGAACUAUUUGUUUCACCAGCUGCCACUUGCCCCACCCGAGGACACCAUGAAAGCUGCGGAAGCCCAGAGCUGAAACCAGGACUAGAAGACUCGCCUUUGGGGUCAUGGUCGUAACGACUGGAACAGCCUACCGGCAUCACUGGUCACACUCAAAACAAAGCUCGAUGCUCACUGAACUCACCUUUGCUAUCCAUACAAUCCACUCAAACGACUGAAGCAGAGUCCCUGAUUUGGAACUCGAUAAACAGCUGCAAUAUCACCUGUUACACAAAACCACAGCCCACAACAAUGAGCUUAUUUGGCAAGAAGUUGACUCCCAAAGAGCAAAUGCGUCAGAAUGACCGCGCCCUGAGGAAGACGGAACGUGAGCUGGACAGGGACAGGCGUAAGCUCGAGCUGGAGGAGAAAAAACUGGAAACUGAGAUUCGUAAGAAUGCCAAGGCCGGUAACAAGGAGGCGUGUGCGGUGCUGGCCAAGCAGCUGGUUCAGCUGAGAAAACAGAAGACGAGGAGCUACACAGCAGGGACCAGGAUCCACGCCGUGUCGGCGCAGCAGAAGACGAUGGGAGCCAACGCCAAGCUGGCUGGCGCCAUGGCCACCACAACUCGCACCAUGGGGCAGAUGAACCGGGCCGUCAACCCGCAGCAGCUGGCCCAGACGAUGCGCCAGUUCGAGCAGGAGAGCGCCAAAAUGGGCAUGUCGGAGGAGUUGGUGAACGACACCUUGGACGACCUGCUCACCGAGUCUGGUGAUGAAGAAGAGAGCGACGCCGUGGUCAACAAGGUGCUCGACGAAAUCGGCAUCGAGAUCUCCGACAAGAUGCGUCUGGCUCCGUCUGCCGAGCGUGGUGCCAUCGGCUCCAAGAGCUCUGCCGUGUCGGACAGCGACCUGGAGAGGCAGCUGGCCCAGCUGAAGACCUCCUAAGCGUCACUCACCGGUGACAGUGGAUCAGACUGCCAGUCGAUACCACUCAAAUUGGGCCGACCGGUGAGGGAGUCCGUCUCGACCUUUGGUCGACUGACGAAGGAGUCGGCUUGUAUGUCAUGCGAUUUUUUCUCAGAAGUAAGCGCCCUGCGCGUAGGCCUUUCCCAUCGCGUCUUCUCCGCGGCGCUCGAGCACAUCUCCACUUGCAGUCGCAACUGGCUGCGUCCCUGUGGAAUAUAUGAAUAACAGCAUUGGUCGAACUGUGACAAUCCAAGCGUUGACUGGGGUCGGCCUACAGUGGCGCCGCCGGCUCCUCGAGGAGGUUGGCGUUGGUAUGCGAGCUACAGAUGGCGACACGUGCGGCAGACGUUCCCAGCUGUGGUCAUAGGCCUGUGCUGCGUGAUCAAGUGAUGACACCCACUGAAUAGUGCGACUUGAACUUCGGUUGGGCUUUUUCAGCUGGCUGCUGAGAUAUAGGUUGUACUUAGACGUCGCUGACAGCUGAUAGGGUCGGCUGUCGCACCUGCCUAUAUGUAUGCCUGGGGUCGUCCUAGAGAUACUGAGAUGAGGGGUUAAAUGAAUGCGAAUGAUGACAAUAACCAGGCUAAUAAUACCGACCACUGCAGUGAUAUGGUCCAUGACGGCGUGGAGAUGUGUCCUAGGUUAGACCGUUAGACUUUGGACUGGCUUGCCACCAUCAGUUCGUAAAGAACCGUCGGUCCUGCUCCUCUCGAUACCGUUUUCGACCGUUCCCACUGAGCACGUGGCUUUUUAUUGUGGGCUGUGUUACACAAUAUUUGCACGGAGAGCGUAGUGUGUAGAUCUAUGAUUCAGCGUGUAUGAAUCAGUCAUUAACCACAUAUUGUGUUGUAAUUAAUUUUUGUGGUUGCACCCUUUGCGUUCACAAAUUGAGGUAGAGUAGCACACGGCAUAUUGUAUUGUCUCAUGCUUGCUAGUUAUAUUCGUCUGAUUUUGUGAAUCAAUGUUGCUGGUAUAUGAAUACAUAUUUUUCCUCCA